AAGCUUGUGAGGUGUGACGCCCUGCCGAGAUCCCGCUACGAUCUGGUGGCUGGCGUGCAUCUCGCCGCAUCCUGUCCUCAUGUGUGACUGCCUACCCCUGCCCACGGGCGGCAAGCUGUCCAGGAACGACUCGCGGCUCGCGACAAUGGCAGACCUCACAAUCCGCAACCUCACCAUCACGGAGCUCGAGCUCAAGCUGGUUGAGCGGUUCGACGCCCAGCCCGUCGAGAGCGGCGGCGUGGCAAACAUCACCAGCAAGCUUUCCGGGCUCUUCAACUCGACGUCGGCCCCGGUCUCUCGGCCAGCGGUGCCCCAAGGCGAGGGCCGCGACCGCCGCGACGUGUCAAUCGUCGUCCCGCGCUUCGAGACCAGGCUGACAGAUGUCCGCUCGCCGGACCCGGCCCGCGAGGUCGUCCGCCUGACCUUCGAGCACGAAGAAGGCCAGCGCUACCGGCUCGACAUCCCCGGUGCCUCGGCGCGCAGCAUCGAGCUCGAGCGCCUGGACGGCGCCCCCAAGGAGUACACGGCCGUCUACGUGCAGAACGGGUGCACGCUGGCCAUCUUCAGCUCUGCCAACCUCGCGAGCUGGAUGCGGGAGCUCAAGGACGAUUUCCCCCUCUCGGCUCUGUCCAUCCCUGGCACGCACAACAGCCCGACGUGCCAUGUCGCCUUGCCGUCUGUGCGUUGCCAGGCGGCCGGCGUGCGGGAGCAGCUCGACAACGGCGUGCGCUUCUUCGACAUCCGCGUCUCCGUAAGCGAGGACCAUGACAACCUGUCCCUGGUGCACAGCGCGUUCCCCAUCUCCCUGACUGGCACCAAGUACUUUCGGGAGCUGCUGGACGAGGUGUAUGCUUUCCUGGAUGCGAAUCCGUCGGAGACGCUCGUCAUGAGUGUGAAGCGUGAAGGCACGGGCAAGGGAUCAGACCAGAGGCUAUCCAGGAUCCUGAAGGACAAAUUCUACGAGGGUAACAAAGAGCGAUGGUUUACACGUCCGUGGGUGCCCCGGCUCAGAGAAGCCCGUGGCAAGAUAGUUCUAUUACGCAGGCAUGUCCUCGACGACAGUCUGAGAGGGGAGCACGAUGGGAAAGGCUGGGGUUUAGACGGCAGCGCCUGGCCAGACAAUUGCGAGGACGGGCGGGUUGGCAGUGGUAUCGCCCGGGUUCAGGACUUUUAUGAAGUUGGAGAGUCGACGAAUAUUGGCAAAAAGAUUGAGCUGGCCCGGAAACACCUGGAGCGAGCAGGCGAGAAGGUCGGCUUCCCCGAGAGGGAGAAGGAGCCGGAGCCGUUCUUCAUCAACUUUCUGAGCGCAAGCAACUUCUUCAACGCCAGCUGCUGGCCCGAGAAGGUCGCGGCCAAAGCCAAUCCGGCCAUCAUCGAGUAUCUGUGCGUACGUCAUGGCGAGGACGGAAAGGGCCCUGACGGCCUGAAGGUAGGCGACGCUGCUACGGGCAUCGUGGUCACGGACUGGGUUGGGCAGGACGGUGAUUGGGACCUGAUUCGGUGUAUCGUAGGUUGGAACGCCCGCCUGCAGAUGAAAGAAUAGCGCGGUUCCAGCUGGAACCCGUCCGGCUAGUUGGGUAUUGUCCAGCUCAUAUGAGUCUGGAAACGCACAAGAGCCUGGAAGACCAUGAACAAUGCCUGAGGUACUUAAGUAAACAAUUGUCAUGGAGGCAACCUUGGAAGUGCUGGAGUCCGUUUCGACUUGAGAAAGAUGCCCACUGUGCCCACUGUGACUGGCGCACAGCAUCCGACUCCUUACGCGACCAAUGCCAUCCAA